AGUGAAGAAAGAUGGCUUCCAUUAAACGAAUGCUUUAUGACACACUGGAUGACCUGGAAAAAGACAAUUUCAAGAGAUUUAAGAGCUUCUUAAGAGAAGAUGGACCUAUUCCUGCUUCUGUAUUGGAGAAGGCUGAGGCAACAGACACAGUGAAUCAGAUGCUGGAUCGUUUUGGACCAGAAAGAGCUGUAAAGAUCACACUUCAUAUCCUGAAAAAGAUUAACCAGAACAAUCUUGCUGAACAGUUAGAGAACAAGCACAAGGAAGCCUUUUUUACGGAGGAUUUAAUGCUGCAGAAAUGCUUGCAAAUUCACAAAACCAACAUGAAGAAGAACACAAAGUGUAUUUUUGAGGGCAACAAAGACAUUGACACAGAUCUCGAGACUGUUUACACAGAGCUGUUCAUUACAGAGGGAGAGAUGGAAGAUGUCAAUCAUGAACAUGAGAUUCUGAAGAUUGAUGAAGCUUUCAAGAACAGAAAAACACAGGACAAACAAUUCAAAUGCAAUGAUAUUUUUACUGAACUGAGGAAAAAUAAAGAGGAGAGGAUUGUGCUGACCAAGGGAGUCGCUGGCAUCGGAAAAACUGUCUCUGUGCACAAGUUCAUCCUGGACUGGGCAGAAGGAAAAACCAAUCAGGAUAUAGAGUGUGUGUUCCUGCUUCCAUUCAGAGAGAUCAACGUAAUUAAAGACAGAGAGGUCAAUCUCCAUGAGUUUCUGCUGAAAUUUUAUCCUGAAUUGAAAGACCUGGAGAAAUCAAAGUUAUAUAAGGAAUGUAAGCUAGCGUUUAUAUUUGAUGGACUUGAUGAGAGUCGCCUGCCAUUGAACUUUAAAAGUGAAACACUGGACACUGUUGAGGAAAGAGCAUCUGUAGAUGUGCUGUUUACAAGUCUGGUCAAAAGGAAGCUGCUUCCAUCAGCUCUUGUCUGGGUGACCUCACGACCAGCAGCAGCCAAUCAGAUCCCUCCACGGUAUGUGGGUUUGUUCACAGAGGUGCGAGGAUUCACAGACCAACAGAAGGAGCAGUACUUCAGAAAGAGAAUCAAAGAUGAGACUCAAGCCUCCAGAAUCAUCUCACAGAUUAAGACGUCUCAUAGUCUCUACAUCAUGUGCCACAUUCCUGUCUUCAGCUGGAUCACAGCCACAGUACUUCAGGAUAUUCUCAUCAAGAACAAUACAGAGAACAUAAGCAUAACACUCACUGAAAUGUACAUUCACUUCCUGCGGAUACAGAUGAACAUGAAGAAUCAGAAGUAUGAUGAACAAGAAAGAGAACAUUCAGAGCACUUAAAAUUAAACAGAGAGCUGAUUUUGAAGUUAGCUAAGCUAGCAUUUGAACAGCUGAAGAAGGAAAACAUUGUGUUCUAUGAGAAGGAUCUGAAAGAAUGUGGUAUUAAUGUGAGUAAAGACACUGAGUUCACAGGAAUGAUCGCUGAGAUCUUUAAGAAGGAAGAUGGACUUUAUAAGACAAAGGUCUUCUGCUUUGUGCAUCUGAGUGUUCAAGAGUUCCUCGCUGCAUUGCAUGUGUUCAUCUGCUACCUGAACAAGAACAGACAUGAGCUUCAGUUUUUCUUUGAAGAUUCACAAAAUACAGCCAGAAAAAAGUGUCAGAUCUUCUCAAGAAUUUUCAAAUUUCAUGACUUAAUAAAGAGAGCCACUGAUAAAGCAAUGCAGAGUAAGAGAGGACACCUGGACCUGUUCCUGCGGUUUCUGAUGGGAAUUUCACUGGAAUCCAGUCAGAACUUACUCAAAGGCCUGAUCACACACACUAAAGACACCAGUGUGAGCAUCAGACAAACAACUGAACACAUUAAAGAAUUACUGAAACAGGACAUCUCAGAUGAAACUUCAGUCAACCUAUUCUACUGCUUACUUGAGCUGAAAGAUAAUUCAUUAUAUGAGGAAAUCCAGAGUUACCUUAGUUCAGAUGAACAUCCAGGAAGAGACCUCUCAUCUUCAAUGUGCACAGUGUUGACCUACAUACUGCUGAUGUCAGAGAAAGUGCUGGAUGAGUUCAACCCAAAGAGGUUCACGUCAUCAUCUUCAAACUACAAGAAACUCAUUCCAGCUCUGAGGUGCUGCAGAAAAGCCCUAUUUGACGGCUGUGAUCUUAAUGUAACGUGCUGUGAAACUGUGUCUUCUGCUCUACAAUCAUCAAACUCUCAUCUGACGGAGCUGGACCUGAGUAACAAUGACCUGCAUGAUUCAGGAGUGAAGCUGCUUUCUGAGGGACUGAAGAGUUCAAACUGUCAGCUGAACAUACUGAGGCUAUGUGGAUGUAAUCUCACUGCUCAGUCCUGUGAAAGUUUGUCUUCAGCUAUACAAUCUUCAAAUUCCCAUCUAAAUGUGCUGGAGCUGAGUAACAAUGAUCUACAGGAUUCAGGAGUGAAGCUGCUUUCUGAAGGUCUGAAGAGUACAAACUCUAAGCUGGAGAUGCUGAGAUUGUCCUUAUGUAGUCUCACUGCUCAGUCUUGUGAGAGUUUGUCAUCAGUUUUACAAUCAUCAAGCACCUUUCUGAGAGAGCUGGACCUGAGUAACAACGAUCUGCAGGAUUCUGGAGUGAAGCUUCUUUCUGAUGGACUGAAGAGUCCAAGCUCUAAGCUGGAGAUACUGAGGUUGUCUGGCUGUAUGGUGACAGAGGAAGGAUUUUCUUAUGUCUCUUCAGUUCUGACUUCACACCCCUCACACUUGAGAGAGCUGGAUCUAAGCUAUAAUCACCCUGGAGAUUCAGAAAAACUGGAUAAAAUCAAGUAUGUCCAACUGAAUGUGACUCUGUGUGUGUUUUCUAGUGUGGAUCAUGGAGGAGAAUCCAGGAUUACACCAGGACUAAAGAAAUAUGCCUGUUUUCUCACACUGGAUCCAAACACAGCAAGCACUGAUCUCAUUCUGUCUGAGGGGAACAGAAAGGUGGCACGUGUGCAAGAGAAACAGCUGUAUCCUGAUCAUCCAGACAGAUUUAAUAAGUCUCAUCAGGUGUUGUGUAGAGAGAGUGUGUGUGAACGCUGUUACUGGGAGAUUGAGUGCAGUGGUAAAUAUAAUGUGUGUAUAUUAGUGUCAUAUAAGAGAAUCAACAGGAAGGGAGAUGAGGAGUGUGAGUUUGGAUCUAAUGAUCAGUCCUGGGGUCUGAUCUGCACUCCUGACAGAUACUCAUUCAAACACAAUAACAUAGAGACUGAUCUCUCUGUGAAGCCCACCAGCAGGAGAAUAGGAGUGUUUGACAAUGAUUAUAUCGGUAGAAUAGUUGUGUAUGUGGAUCACAGAGCAGGAACUCUGUCCUUCUACAGCGUCUCUGAAAACACAAUGAGCCUCAUCCACACAGUCCAGAACACAUUCACUCAGCCGCUCUAUCCUGGGUUUGGUUUUUUUUCUUAUGGAUCAUCAGUGAAACUGUGUUGA